AUGGAUAGUGACAAUAAUAAACGUUUCAAUUUUGAACAACUCUCACAAGGGUAGCUCAAGGGACGGCUUUAUAAAAAUAGUAAUCGCUAUGAUCCUAAUGAACGAAAAUACACUCAACAGCUCUCAGUUAUAUCCUUGCCUUAAUUGGUGCCUAAAGUUUCUAAAUAAAGAUUAGAGCCUACAACCUAAACUCACUCUGCUCUAGGCGUAACCAUUCAAAAUGGUAGAAUUUUGCUUGAUCGUUCAGGACACCAAUCUACAAAAAACUUAAAAAGCGACAUUUUAAUACAAGAUUAGCUCAAGAAACCAAAGAAUUUGUCACCUCUAGGUCAUAGAUUAUUAAGUGAUCAUGGAAUGAGUAUUUUAGAGGAUGUGCAAAACCCGAAUUCUACCAUUAAUGAUUCGAUCAUUGGAUUGCUGUAACAACCUGAAAAAAAGAAGGAAGCUUAGAUGAUCAAGAAAGCACUCAGAAAACCAAAGAAGAAACAACAAUAACAAUCUUACCUGUCUCCAAUGGACUUUAUUUAUUUGAUAAGAACUGAUCCAGAAAUGGCUGAUGAGUUCUGUUAUUUAAAUAAAAGAGAUCAUGCCUAUGAUUAUUAAAUAGUUGAAUUUGAAGACAGAAAUCAAAAAGAAUACAUGACCAUUAGUGCAAAAGGUAUCACUUAUUUCCAAAAUGAUGAUGCAACAUUUUUAACAAUUGAAGAGUGGCAAAGAGAAGCUAAAUUAUAUUAAGAUCUUUAGAAAAUAGAUUUUUUUAGAAAAUAUAAAUUAUGGAAGAACUUCUUCUUGUGGAAGAGAUUAAUGAGGAAGAACAUUCUUGCCAAAAAUCAGGACUUGAUGAUUUCUAACAUGUUUUCAACUGACAAACAAUUAAGAAUCACAUUAUUAGAAGUUCGCAGGAUAUGUCAAUAAAUGGCUUAAGACAUAAGAUUCUUAGAUACUUCAACUACAGUUCCUUAGACCCAUGAGAAUUUUAAAUAAUUGUAAGAUAAACACUUAAUGUCAAUCAUGGAUAUCAAAUUUGAUGCAUAUGAACAAUAGAUUAAAUAAAUAAUAGUAGAAUGCUGUUAGAAAUCGUUAGUCAAUUUUAAGGAAAUUCAUCGUAUUCCACUUCAUGAAGACGACAAUGAAGAGAGAGCCCCAUUAUUAGUGGGAGACGAAUCAGGAAAAGACAUGCCUUACACAACUGAAGCUACAAUAAGAACUCACUAUAAAAGAUUAAGAAAAUUUGUCAAAUAUGUUGAUUACAUUAUCAUAGAUGCUAAAUUAUAGAUGAUGCAGAAUUCAGUGGAACACAUUGUUAAAUAGAUUCGUGAAUUCAAUGAGUAAUAUAAGGAAAAUUCAGGUGUGAAAAGGAAAGGAUAUUAUGGCAAAGGUUAACCCUAAUGUUGGAUCAUUAUUGAGGCAGUAGGGAAAUAGGAAGAUAUCGUUUUUAAUCCUGUUAGGGAAUAGUUAUUCAGAAUAUUUGAAAGUGUCGUUACCAAUAGUGUUAUUCGUAUCACUACCAGACAUAGAGAAAUGUUAUCUAUGCCAGAAUUAUAAUAGUAUAUUCAAGAUGAAAGCAAUCAACAAUCAGAAAAGGUGGAUGUCAAGGCAAUUAUAAAUGGAAGCGAGAAUUUCCAAAUUUUAUGUGGACAAAUGAGGAAGGAAUUAGAAAUUGCAUUUGAUUAUUUAGAAUAAUAUGCUGAAAAAUUGAAACCAUUCAUGAAAUGGUAUGUUGAGAACACAGGAGUCAAUAUUGAAAAAUAGUAUGCUGAUAAGGAAGUUGAAGAAUAUAGAAAUGCCAUUAAUUAAUAUAAGGAUUAAGAUCAACAAUUUUAAGAUAUAGAACCUACACAAGAGAUAGGCAUGAUAUUGUUUGAUAAUCAAAAAUUGAAAGCCAAGAUCAAAUCCAGUGCUAUGAAUUGCAUUUAGGAGUUGUAGAAAUUUAUCCCUGAAUAUAUUUACAAAAAAGCAGUACUCUUUACACAAAAAACAACUUAGUUGUAUUCAACCAUAGCAAUCUCUCCGAUAACAGUGGAAUAAUUUGUCAAUUAUAUGGAGGCAGUGAAUGUCAUCAAUAAUUAAUUUGAAGAUUUAAGCAAUGUGUCACAAGAAGUAACAGCUAUGGCAUUGCUUAUGGAUGAAUUGCGUAUUAAAAUUUAAGAUAAACACAAAUAAAAAUUUGCAGAAUGUAAUCAAUAAGUUAGUCAACUUCGUAAAAAAGUGGAUGAUGCUAUGGCCAAUUAUGAUUAAAACUUAAAUAAAUUUAGAAAAGAUAUGGAGAGAAUGAUCCCAUAAGUAGAUAGUACAGUUAAAGAUUUAAACGAAAGAAUCUCAGAAUAGCCAUUGAGUUCUUUAGCAGCAGAUUUAAGUGACAUGGUUACAUUUGUUUAAGGAGUCAGAAAACAAGUGGAUGAAUUAAAAGUUCAUGCAAAAAAAUUGAAUGAUUAUCAGAUAGCAUUAAAUAUGGAAUAUACACCAUUUGAGAAAUUAGAAACAUUCAAUAGUGAAUUCACUUUAUUAGAGAGACUUUGGUGUGGUAGAAAUGAAUGGAUCUCAAAUUAUUCAAACUGGUUAAAAUAACAUUACACUGAUAUCAAUUUGGAUGAUAUGAACAAUCUAAUGGAAAAAUUAUAGAAGGCAGCUAACUUAUGUGCCAAAGAAUUAGAUAAGAAUGAAGUAGCUAGAGUAUUUAAGUCAGACAUUGAAGGAUUCAGAGGUGUCUAUUAGGUUCUAUAAGCACUUAAAGAUCCUGCUAUAUCAGAGAAGUAAUGGAAUCAGAUAAGAGCAAUGAUACUUGAAAGUUAAUAGUUGUUCAAGGAGCCUAUUCUAGAACCAUUUACACCAAUAAAUGAUCCUAAAUACAACGUUUUAUGGAUUACUCAGGCUGGGUUAGAUUAGGUAAAAGACAAGUUAAGUGAAAUAGCAUUAAGGGCGGCAAAGGAAAUAGAAUUAGUUAAAAUGUUAGAAUAGGUUGAAUCGAUAUGGAAAUCAGCUGUUAUUACUGUGUAACCCUAUAGAGAAUCGAAGGAUGUUUUUAUUCUCGGAAAUAAUGAAGAUUUGAUUUCAAAAAUUGAUGAUACAUUAUUGACUGUCAAUAAUAUUUUGGCCUCAAGAUUUGUAGAAGGAAUUAGACCUGAAGUAGAGAGACAAUAAUCAUUAUUAAGAUAUUUCCAAGAGUUAUUUGAUGAGUGGAUGUUACAUCAAAGAAAUUGGUUAUAUUUGGAACCUAUUUUGAAUUCUCCAUACAGUGCUAAGAAUUUGGCUAAGGAAUCCAAGAUAUUCUAAUAAGCUGACACUCAAUGGAAAAAAUUAAUGAGAAAUGCUAGGGAUAGUAGUAUUGCCAGGAGAUGGGCAGAUGAUUAUUAAAAUAGAUUAUAUUUUAAUCAACUGAGAUAAAAUAAUAAUAAUUUUGAUCUUAUCUAAAAGGCUUUGGAUGAAUUCUUAGAGAAGAAAAGAGAUGUGUUUUAGAGAUUUUACUUUUUAUCAAAUGAUGAACUUUUAGAAAUAUUGUCAAAUGCAAAAAAUAUCUAGGCCAUCUAACCAUAUUUAAGAAAGUGUUUUGAAAAUUUAGUCAAAAUUCAAUUCGAUUCCUAAGAAAAUGCUAUUGGAAUGAUAUCUGCUGAAGGUGAAAUUGCAGUACUCAAAGGAUAUUCAGCAAGAGGGGAAGUGGAAGAUUGGUUAAAAGCUUUGGAAGAUAAAAUGAAAUCUUCUCUUAGUGGUGUCAUGAGAUAGUCUUUAAUUAAAUAUUAAUUAGAGGAUACACAGAGAAAGGAUUGGGUAUUUGAAUUUCCACUUUAAAUCAUUAUUACUAUUGAUUCUAUAUUUUGGACUAAAAUAACAGAAGAGAAUUAUUUAUAAGCAGAUGCUGAAGGAGAUUUGGAUGAUUGGUAUGAUGCUAAUGUAGCAAUGCUUGAUGAAUUGACAUUGUUAAUCAGAGGAAAUCUUACUGAAUUAUAAAGAAGAACUCUUGUGGCUUUGGUCACUUAGGAUGUCCACUUCAGAGAUAUUGUGGAUAACAUGAGAAAUGAAUCUGUGGAAGGUAUCAUGGAUUUCAAAUGGUAAUAAUAAUUGAGAUUUUAUCAUGAUGAGGAAAGUGUGCAUGCUAAAUAAGUGAAUGCUAAAUUGAUGUAUGGUUAUGAGUUUUUGGGAUCAACCACAAGAUUAGUUAUUACUCCAUUAACUGAUAGAUCUUUGGGAAUCAAAUUGGGAGCAGCACCAUAAGGGCCAGCUGGUACUGGAAAAACUGAAUCAUGCAAAGAUUUAGCCAAAGCUUUGGGAAGAUAUUGUAUAGUAUUUAAUUGUUCUGAUCAAAUUACUGCUAAAAUGAUGGAAAAGUUAUUUGCAGGAUUGGCAUAUUGUGGAGCCUGGGUUUGUUUAGAUGAGUUUAAUAGAAUCUAUAUUGAAGUGUUAUCAGUCAUAGCACAAUAAGUUUAAACUAUAAGAGAAGCACUAUUAGAAUAUAAAAUGAAUUUCUAUUUCUUUGGUAAAAAUGUACAAUUGAAUCCUGAUUUGGGAAUAUUUAUUACAAUGAAUCCUGGUUAUGCUGGCAGAACAGAAUUGCCUGAUAAUCUGAAAGUGCUUUUUAGACCAGUAGCUAUGAUGGUUCCAGAUUAUAGAUUGAUUGCUGAAAUUAUGUUAUUCGCUGAAGGAUUUUCAAAUGCCAAAGAUUUAUCAAGAAAGAUGGUUAAAUUGUAUCAAUUAAGUUCAGAGCAGUUGAGUUAAUAAGAUCACUAUGAUUUUGGUAUGAGAGCAGUCAAAUCUGUUUUAGUCAUGGCAGGAUCAUUAAAAAGAGCAGAACCAAACAUCAACGAAGACAUCGUAUUGAUUAGAGCUAUGAGGGAAAGUAAUUUGCCAAAAUUCUUAUCUCAUGAUAUACCUUUGUUUAAUGCUAUAGUGAGUGAUCUAUUUCCAGGUAUGUAAAUCCCUACAGUACAGAACAAAGAAUUAGAAACUGCAAUAAAGAAUGUUAUAGAACUUAAUAAAUUAUAAGAAUAAGACACUUUCAUUGAAAAGAUAAUUUAAUUUCAUGAAACAUUGAAAGUAAGAUUUGGAGUAAUGUUGGUAGGAGUCACAAUGGGUGGCAAAUCUUAAGUAUAAAAUGUACUUAGAGAAUCUUAUAUUAAGCUAUUUGAGUAAUAUUCUUAGAAAGGAAUAAAGAAUCAUGCAAUAUACUAGAAUGUUGAACAUUAGAUAUUGAAUCCAAAAGCCAUAUCAAUGGAGGAAUUAUAUGGUUAAUUUGAUAUGAUGACUUAAUAAUGGACUGAUGGUUUGGCAUCUAAUAUAAUGAGAGGAUAUGCAUCAUCAGAAACAUUGGAAAAGAAAUGGGUUGUAUUUGAUGGGCCAGUGGAUGCCUUGUGGAUUGAAAAUAUGAACACAGUGUUGGAUGAUUCAAUGACUCUAUGUUUAAGCAAUGGUGAGCGUAUUAAAUUGAAGACUUAAAUGAGAAUGAUCUUUGAAGUUUUAGAUUUGGCAGUGGCAUCACCUGCAACAGUUAGUAGAUGUGGAAUGGUCUAUUUAGAUGAUAAAGUAUUAGGUUAUGAACCUAUAGUAAUCACAGAAGCAAUGACUCUUCUUGACAUUUUGAGUAGAGACAUUAUAGAUCAUUUGUUGAUUUAAAUAAAAGUGUCAUUCAAUAAAUCAAUCAAUUAAAUUACUAAAACAUGCAAGUAAUUAAUACCAGUACAAGAAACUUAAAUGGCUGUUGGAUUGAUUAAAAUAUUGAGGAUGAUGAAAUAUCAAAAAAACACAUUGAAAAAAAUUUAUGUUUGGGUAUUUGCUUGGGCUGUGGGUGCAACUCUUAUUUCAGAUGAUUAUCCAAAAUUUGAGAGAAUUGUAGCUGACACUUUUCCAGUUGAAGUUCUGCCUAGAGGAUCUCUGUUUGCUUGCUUAGUUAAAAUAACUAAAACAGAUGGAUUAGUAGAUAUCAACUAUACACAAUGGAAUGAUAUCAUUCCGUAAUUCGAAUAUAUAAAAGGAAUGAGUUAUUUUGACAUGGUUGUUUAGACGAAAGAAACUGUGGCUCAUGGAUGGUUUUUGGAAUAAGCAGUCAAUACAAAUUGUCCUAUGUUUAUUACUGGAGUUACAGGAACUGGUAAAACAAUUAUGGUUAAUUCAACUGUUGAAAAAUUAAGAGAUGAUGGUCUUAUAGCUUUAAUGUAAAUUACAUUCUCAGCUAAAACAGCCAGUUUUACAACCUAAUUAAGUUUAGAAUAAAAACUAUAGACUCAACGUAAGAAAGGAAGAACUAUUUUGAUGCCUCCUCCUGGAAAGAAGUUUGUAGUCUUUGUAGAUGAUGUUAACAUGCCAUCCUUAGAAUAAUAUGGUGCAUAACCACCUAUUGAAUUAUUAAGAUAAUUUAUUGAUUAUCGAGGUGUUUAUGAUAGAAAAAGCUUUAAUUGGAAGGAUGUGGAUAAUACAAUUCUAAUAUGCGCUUGUGGUCCCCCAGGUGGAGGAAGGUCUCCUAUAACAGUUAGAUUUACUCGUCAUUUUGCUUUGUUAAGUGUUCCUAAUUCCAGUGAUGAAACAUUAUCUUGGAUUUUUAGUACUAUUUUGAAGGCUUUCUUAAAAAAUAAUCAUUUCAAGAGCGAAAUUGUGGAUCUUAGUGAAAACUAUUCUAUAGUUAAUGCAACUCUUCAAAUGUACUCUGAAAUCUAAAAAGCCUUAUUGCCUACUCCAGAGAAAUCUCAUUAUGUCUUCAAUCUCAGAGAUGUUAGUAAGAUUUUCUAAGGCAUUUUACAAGCUAAACCUAUGAUUUAUUAGAAAUCUGAAUAAAUGGUUAGGUUGUGGGCUCAUGAGACAUGUCGAGUUUUGAUGGAUAGAUUAAUCAAUUCGUAAGAUUAGGAUUGGUUUAAAGAGAACUUAGUUAAAAAUAUAUUCUUGUUCUUUAAGAUUGAAUAUAAAGUCAAUGAAUUGUUUGAUUCAUAACCACCUCUCAUUUUUGCAGAUUUUUAGAAAAGAGCUGAAUUAUCUGAUCGUAUAUAUGAGGAAGUGAGGGAUUACAACCAACUUAUAAAAGUUAUUAAUGAAUACAUGAUGGAAUAUACAAAGAUGAAUUUAGUGUUGUUCAAAGAUGCUAUUGAACAUUUGACUAGAAUCAGCAGAGUCUUAAGAUAACAAAGAGGACAUUAUAUGUUGGUUGGAGUUGGAGGUUCUGGUAAGAAAUCAUUGACACAAUUGGGAGCUGUAUUGGCUGGAUGCAAAAUAGAUACUAUUGAGAGUAAGAAAAAUUAUGGUAAGAAAGAAUUUAAAGAGGAUUUAUUUAGAAUGAUGUGUGCAGUAGGAAUUGAAAAUAGAUUAGUAGCAUUCUCAUUUUCAGAUACUUAAAUAUUACAAGAAGGUUUUCUAGAAGAUGUUAACAAUCUACUUAACUCAGGUGAAGUACCUAAUAUGUUGACAAAAGAUGAUUUGGAGAUUAUUAAUCAAGGAUUAUAAGCAGAAGCAAGAGAAUUAAAAAUUAAUGAUAUAUACCCAUACUUUGUUUAAAAGAUUAGAUCUAAUCUACAUGUAGUUUUAGGAUUAUCACCAAUAGGAGGAUAAUUAAGAGUUAGAUUGAGAAUGUUCCCAAGUUUAGUUAAUUGCUGUACAAUAGAGUGGCUACACAAAUGGCCAUAAGAGGCAUUGAUGAGUGUAGCUGAAAUGUUUUUGGAGUCUUUAGAAUUUGAUGGUCUAACAAAAGAUAUGAGAUAAAAUCUUUAUCAAAUGUGUGUUCAUGUUCACUAGAGUGUUGAACGUAAAUGCGAUGAAUUUUAUGGCUGCUCUCAAAAGAAAUGUGUAUGUUACACCCAAAUCCUAUCUUGA